AUUUAGCUUGUUCUGUUAUCUUUAAGCGUUUUGGAACUGGUGGGUCAGGUCCAAGAGCAAAAUCAAAAAGGAUCAUAAUGUUACAGCCAAAAUAUAUUUUACUUUUCUGCGUUUUAUUUAUUCCAGUUGUUAGUGCGCAAGAUGAGCCUGUAACAAUAGAGGAAUGGACACAGUGGUUUGAUAGCGAUGACCCGGAUGGCCUUGGUGAUAGCGAGUUAUUAGAUGACUUAAGAUCAUUAUUCCCAUUCUUGAUAUGUUCAUUCCCGUUUGGAAUCGAAUGUCAGACAACGUCAUUUCAGCCCUACACUGCCACCGGUCAGACGGUGACAUGUAAUCCAGCUAUGGGUCUACAAUGUCUGAACGCCGACAACCAGCCUGAAAAUUGCCUUGAUUAUCGCGUUAGAUUUAGGUGUGGAGAACCAAUAGACGAAUGUGCAUCGUCACCAUGUCUCAACGGAGGAACGUGCAAUGAUCUUCAAAACGCGUUUGAAUGCGUUUGUGUUAAUGGAUACGAAGGUGCUAGGUGUGAAAUAGAAACAAAUGAGUGCGCCUCCAAUCCUUGUCAAAAUGGUGGACAGUGUCUCGAUCUUAUUGGAUUAUAUUUCUGCAACUGUCCACUUGGUUAUUUAGGUGUAAACUGUGAAACAGACAAUAAUGAAUGCAGCUCAAACCCGUGUGUGAACGGAAACUGCCAAGAUAACGUAAAUGCAUUUCUUUGUAUUUGCUUCGCGGGAUACCGAGGCACAACUUGUCAAAUAGAUAUCAACGAAUGUGCGUCAUCGCCUUGUCAAAAUGGCGGAACAUGCAUUGACCAAGUUAAUGGGUAUCAGUGCCAGUGUCCAUUUGGUUACAUCGGUCAAUUUUGUCAAACUGGAAUAAUAUUUAACACUGACUUUGAUUUAAUUUUACAGACAUCAACGAUUGCUUACCUAAUCCUUGUGUUAAUGGCGCAUGUGUAG